AUGGCCCAAGACAUAGUACCGUUCGCCAUCGCCGUCCCAGACGCGGAGCUGGAGUCGCUCAAGAACAAGCUCUCCAACGUCACCUUUCCAUCCGAAUCCGAAUUCGCCAACGACUGGAGCUACGGCACGCCAUUGAGUGAUUUGAAGCGAUUGACCGAGUACUGGAGAGACGGCUUCGACUGGCGCGCUCACGAAGCGAAACUGAACCAGAUCCCGCAGUUUACCACCAAGAUUGCCGCGGACGGGUUCGACGAGCUCAACAUUCACUUUAUACACCAACGGAGCAGCAGGCCUGGAAGCAUCCCGCUGCUGUUUGUUCACGGGUGGCCUGGGAGCUUUCUGGAAGCGACAAAGAUUGUCAAGCUGCUUGCUGAGCCAAAGGAUGAGAAUGCGCCCUCGUUCCAUGUCGUGGCGCCUUCGCUGCCCAACUUUGGCUUCUCUGACAAGGUCACGCAAAAGGGCUUCAGCGUACACCAAUAUGCGGAAACGAUGCACAAGCUCAUGCUGAAGCUCGGCUACGACAAAUACGUAACGCAAGGCGGCGACUGGGGCUUCCUCAUCACCCGCUACAUCACCAGCACCUACCCCCAGCACUGCCUCGCAGCACACACCAACUGCGUCGUCGUCAAGACGCCCCUCCUCUCGGGCCUCUGGGCCGCCGUCCGCUACUACCUGGGCCUGCUCUCCGAGGAGGAGAAGCAGGGCUUCGCCCGCACGGCGUGGUACAUGAAGGACAACGCGGGCUACAUGGUCAUGCAGGCCACGAAGCCCAACACGCUGGGCUUUGCGCUGGCGGACUCGCCGGUCGCGGUGCUGGCGUGGAUAUACGACAAGCUGCACGACUGGACGGAUGCGUAUCCUUGGACUGACGAUGAGAUUCUCGAGUGGAUUUCAAUCUAUCAGUUUUCCAAGGCGGGAGCAGCGUCGAGCGUGGUGAUUUAUUAUGAGAUUAUCAAGAUGCAGACCAGCACGGCGUCUAAGAUGAUGGAGUAUAUCCCGAAUGUGCCGCUGGGGCUGUCGUGGUUUCCUAAGGAGUUGACGAUUCCUCCGAGGGCGUGGGGGAAGUUGCUUGGGCCGGUGGUGUUUGAGGGUUCGCAUCAAAAGGGGGGGCAUUUUGCUGCGUAUGAGUGUCCUGAGGAGUUGGUGGGAGAUUUGAGAGAGAUGUUUGGUAGAGCAGGCGGUGCGUUCAAGGUCGCUGAGGCUUUCAAGUCUACUUGA